CGCGGGUUCACAACCAACGACCCAUUUGGCCACCAGUACGAUGGCUGCUAACGUUGUUACCAUCGGCGCGUCGGUUUUUACCGCCGCGCCGGCGCGCGUGUUCAGGCGUCGCGCGCCGAAAUGCAACGCUUCGGCCGGGCGCGACCACCACGGUCCCCAGCCGAGGCCCCAGGUUGGGAUGGGUGCGGGCGGUAAUCGCAAAUUCCUCGGCCAGCGCCGCGGCGAUGCGCUCGUCGCGCCCGCGACUGGGCGCCGCGCGAUCCUCAACCAGGGCCCUCCGAAGCGUCCCCCGAGGGAUCUUUUGGCGAUGGAGGAGGAGAUGACGGGAGGUGGCGUGGACAACGAGGAACCGGCUAAGGGCCUCCUCGGCGCUGUUUGGAAAUUCGUCCGCCCGCACACGAUCAGGGGUACUCUCCUCGGUACCACCGCCAUCGUCACCAGGCAGCUCCUCCAAAACCCCGAGCUCUUCAACCAGGCGCUCGUACCGAAGGCGCUUAUGGGUCUCCUCGCCCUUCUCCUCGGUAACGGCUACAUCGUCGGCAUCAACCAGGUGUACGACGUCGAGAUCGACAAGGUGAACAAGCCGUACCUGCCCCUCGCAUCCGGCGAGCUCAGCUCAGGAACCGCGGUUGCAAUCUGCACAAUUUUCGCGCUCCUCGGCGGCGCCAUCGUCGCCACCAACUUCGAACCACUCAUCACCGGCCUCUACGCCUUCGGUCUUUUCCUCGGUACGCUCUACUCCGUACCCCCGAUGCGGCUGAAGCGCAGCCCGUGGGCGGCGUUCAUCAUCAUCGCCAUCGUCCGCGGCGUCCUGCUCAACUUUGGUGUGCACCACGCGACGACCGCGGCGAUCGGUCUGCCCUUCGUGUGGUCCCCGCCCAUCAUGUUCAUCACCACCUUCGUCACCGUGUUCGCCAUCUGCAUCUCCAUCUGCAAGGACCUGGCGGACAUCGAGGGCGACAAGCAGGAGGGCAUCAAGACGUUUGCGACGGAGAUUGGCGCCGCGGGCAUCGCGUACCUUGGCUCCGGUCUCCUCGUCUUCAACUACUGCUUCGCCAUCGGAUCCGCGAUGAUCAGGCAGGAUUGGUUCAACCUGCCGCUCAUGAUCGGUUUCCACUCUCUCGCGAUCCUGUUCUGCAUCUGGAGGACCAAGAUUAUGGAAUACCAGGGUUUCACCAAGGCGUCGGUGAUGAAGUACUACCAGAACAUCUGGUACCUCUUCUACGGCGAGUACUUGAUCCUGCCCUUCCUGUAAGCGAAGAGGGGAGGGUAUCAAUUUAAAGUUUAUACAUUAGCCGCGCGAUGUUGCAGCCGAAGAUCCGCGAUGUUGUUUUAUAAUCAGAUGUGUUUCAUACUCUUAAUGUACGAACCGCGCUAUUUGUUCUCUAUUUUUUCCGUUUCAUGAGCU